AUGGGAGGCAUCUGAAGCAACUAUAACUAUCAAACUUGGAGCGAUACUCGGGAUACUCAAGGUGAUAGUUAUUCCAUUAAGCCCAUCCAGCCAAGGAAGCAGAGUAGUAACAAUUCUACUGCUACCGACAUGAUUCAAAGUGAAAGGACCAGCAACAAUCAAUCUAAAUAUGAGAAAGUUGACUUCUGCCUAUGGACCUCUACGAAUAGCCCACCCACUGCUGACAAGAAGAGGUUUGAAGAAUUGGCUAAGAAGAAAGUAAAAGCUGCAUUGAAAAUAAAAGGUCUUAAGAAACAAGCAGCAUCAGGCAGAAUGUAUCUAGCAUUAAGACGAUAAUU